AUGUUGGCUACUAGUGCAAUUGCAUCUUUGCCCGUACUACCACCAGUGAGAAGAUGUGGCCAACAUAUUGAGCAGAAUGUUGUUACCUCAUUGAGCUUACCAAGACCAUCACGAACUACUAAUAAUUCAAUAUCUUCAAGUUGUGCACGGUUUCCAUUUGGUACAAGAUCUCGUUCUACCCAGACAGCAAAUAUUAUAUGUGCUGCAGCUUUGAAUGCAAGAUGUGGUGCAGAGCAAACCCAAACUGUCACUCGCCAGGCUCCAACGAUUACUCAUAUUCCUGGCAAGGAGAAGUCACCACAACUUGACGACGGAGGAACUGGAUUUCCACCUCGUGAUGACGAUGAUGGGGGUGGGGGAGGAGGUGGAGGCGGAGGCAACUGGUCUGGUGGAUUUUUCUUUUUCGGGUUUCUUGCUUUUCUUGGCUUCUUAAAGGAUAAGGAAACUGAAGACACAUACGGGGAGGACCGAAGAAGGUGA